GGCUCUCCGUUCCAGGCGAGACCGUUAGAGCGAAGCGGAGAGGGCGCUGGACAGCCGCGUCGCCAUGAAGCUGUUGGCGGCGGCGGCGGCGCUGCUCCUCUUCGCCGCGGGCCUCGAUUGUCAAACCUUUUUGCAUAUCACUUAUCCAAAGAAAAUUCCAUCCAACAUGACUGAAGAUGGUCUAGGUCCAGAUGAGAGCACACAGACUUACAUGAUUACAAUAAAAAAGAAGACGUACACAAUUCACCUGCAGCAACAAACAUUUUUGCCCAAUGACUUUUUGGUUUAUACAUACAACCAAGGAGGCUUUGUCCACCCCAAUUCCCCACAUAUUCAGAGCGAAUGCUUCUAUCAAGGAUACAUACAAGGGUUCCCAAACUCUGUUGCAAUACUCAGCACCUGUUAUGGGCUCAGAGGGCUGUUGCAGUUUGAGAAUGUCAGCUAUGGAAUUGAGCAUUUGAAAUCCUCAGCUAAUUUUGAGCACCUGAUUUAUCAGAUAAACAACAAAAACCUCCAGAGUCCACUUAGGAGAGAAGAUUUGCCAUCUACAGAAAGACAACUGGGGAGUGAGGGCAUGCCUUAUAAGCUGCUCUCAGAUACUGUGCCACUGUCAGAUGUCACUAAAGUACACAGAUACAUAGAAAUAUAUAUCGUUUUGGAUAAGGGUUUGUACAACUUUUUGGGUGGAAGCAGAGAAAUUGUAACCGACGGCAUAGCACAGCUUAUUGGUUUUGUCAACAGUAUAUUUUCUAGCCUUAACAUUACAGUUGUUCUAUCUUCUUUGGAGUUCUGGACAGACCAUAAUAAAAUCUCAACAUCAGGAGAGCCCGAUGUGUUACUCCGAAAAUUUUUACGUUGGAAAAAUUCAUAUCUUGUUCUACGGCCUCACGAUCUGGCACUUUUGUUAGUUUACAGGGAGAAACCUAAUUAUGUAGGAGCAGGAUUUAUGGGGAAGCUGUGCCUCCGGAAUUUUGAUGCAGGAGUUGCUCUGUAUCAGAAGUCCAUGACCAAAGAGCCAUUCUCCGUCAUUCUGGCCCAAUUGCUGGGCCUUAACCUGGGGAUGGAAUAUGACAAUGGCAAAGAGUGCAAGUGCCCAGGAGGCUUUGUCUGCAUAAUGAACACGGAAGCAGUACUUUCAAGUGGAAUUAAAGCUUUUAGCAGCUGCAGCAUUAAAGACUUCCAAAAUUUCAUUAAAUUCAAGGGAGCCCACUGCCUCUCUAAUCGACCUAAUUUAAAAUUGUUUUAUAAGAAGCGAAGUGCCAGAAGCAAAGCGCUUUGUGGGAAUGGUGUUCUGGAAGCUGGAGAGAAGUGUGACUGUGGCUCUGAAGAGGAAUGUAAGUACAGUAAAUGUUGUACUAGCUCAUGUACGUUUCUCCGUGGAGCAGUGUGCAGCAACGAAUUGUGCUGUGAAAACUGUCAGUUUAAGCCAAGAAACACAAUCUGUAGAGCAGCUGUAGAUAGUGUCUGCGAUUUCCCUGAGUACUGCAAUGGCAGUUCGGCGUCCUGCCCAAGCAAUGUUUAUGCCCAGAAUGGCUAUAGCUGUGCUUCUAAUGCUGGCUACUGUUAUGGUGGAUCCUGUCAGGCAGCUGAUCUACAGUGUCAGGAUCUUUUUGGUGAAAAGUCAAAAAGUGCUCCUCAAGCAUGUUAUGAAGAAAUUAAUGGUCAGACAGAUAGAUUUGGACACUGUGGGAUUGACAUACGAAAGGGAUUUAAGACUUGUUCUUUCCGGGAUAUCAAAUGUGGAAAGUUAAUUUGCGUCUAUCCAACCAGAAAGCCUUAUGUUGACAUGAACAUUCCAAUUCUGUACACUCCUUUCCAAGAUACCCUUUGUAUAUCUCUGGACCUUCAACAACCAGAGGGCUUUCCGGACCCAAUGCUGGUGAAAGAUGGUACAAAAUGUGGAACUAAAAAGGUUUGUAUCAAACAAGUAUGUGAAAAGUAUGGCGUCCUGAAAUAUGAUUGUGAUCCUACAAAAAAGUGCUUUGGGCAUGGAAUUUGCAACAACAAAAGAAACUGCCACUGUGAUCCAGGAUGGGCACCUCCAAAUUGCAAGGAAAAAGGAGGCCCCCUAGGAGGAAGCAUUGACAGUGGGCUUCGUAUGUUGGCUUCUGAUAUUACAGAAAGAGUCAUAGAAGACAACAUGCGGACGUGGGUGCUCCUGAGCAUAUUUCUCUUUCUGCCCAUUGUGGUUGGGUCAGCCAUCCUGAUUGUCAAAUGGGCACGAAUCAGCAAGUACUGCAUAGAUGACAGCGAGUCUCUAGGCGAUUCUGAAUCUUAUACUAGAUCCGAUGAAUAUAGCAUGUCAGACAAAACAAGCACAACACAGGAGAACCCCCAAAACACAGCACCCAUAUAGCUCUGGGCUUAGGGGGCCUUCAAAGAGCACUCACAUUCGUCCUAAACCGAGACAAAGGUUCAGGGCCCACCCAAGGUUCUCCAAGGCCAAGAGUGGAAGAUGCAACAGACAGAGUCACAGACACCCCAGAACAGCCAUCAGCCUCCAGUUGAUCACUGCACUGAGUGAAAGAUUGUGAUGCAGAAGAUGAGAGUUUUUGCCACACCAAGGUUGAGCCAGUCAGCCAAAGCAACCCAAAGAGGUGGGUUCACUUGUGGUUGACAUGGAACAUGAGUUGGGAUGGAUCAUACCGCAUGCAGGAAUUAGUUGCACAACCCGAAGCCUUUCUAAACAAGGAGGAAUUUUGCUUGUCUCCUGGAGGGGACUGUCAGGCAGGAUUCCAAAGAAUUUUUAAAAAAUGUUCAUGACUUUUGCUAUUCUGUGGGAAUACAGUGGUACCUCAGGUUACAUACGCUUCAGGUUACAUAUGCUUCAGGUUACAGACUCCGCUAACCCAGAAAUAGUGCUUCAGGUUAAGAAAUUUGCUUCAGGAUGAGAACAGAAAUCGUGCUCCGGCGGCGCAGCAGCAGCAGGAGACCCCAUUAGCUAAAGUGGUGCUUCAGGUUAAGAACAGUUUCAGGUUAAGAACGGACCUCCGGAAUGAAUUAAGUACUUAACCCGAGGUACCACUGUAUAUGACUAUGAGUCUCCUUAAAUUAUAGAUCAUAAAUAUAUAAAUACUACAAAUACAAACAAAAAACUCAUUAAAUACUGUCCUAUUAAU